AUGAACAGAAACACUAAUCGCAAACGAAAGCGCCAAUCCGUGCACAAGGACGUUAACGAAGCGCUUACACAAUGGUUUACGCAAGCAUGUGCUCAUGGAGCUACCGUCACCGAUCACGUCAUCAGGCAGAAAGCAUCACAACUGGCCGUAAAUCUUGAAGUUGAUUUUGAACCGAGCAAUGGCUGGCUCAUGCGCUGGAAGCAGGCCAAUAACGUUUCGUUCAAAAAAUUUCACGGCGAAUCAACGUCAGCAGAUCACGGUUCUGCCAACGAAUGGGUGACAAACGUUUCGCCGCAACUUUUUCGUGGAUAUGAUCCAAAAGAUGUUUGGAAAUGUGAUGAAACGGGAAUUUUCUACAAAGACAUGCCGUCUGGAUCUUUGCGAUUUGCCGGCGACGAACAGUCAAAUGGGACAAAAGUUCCCAAAGACAGACUCACGAUGCUUCAGUUCACAAACAUGGAUGGCAGUGAAAAGCAAGCUGUAGUUGUUGAUGGUAGCGAAUUAGAGAGGGUGACACAUGGUGGCAUUUACUUUUUUAUCUAUCUAUCUAUCUAUCUAUCUAUCUAUCUAUCUAUCUAUCUAUCUCACAUAAUUCAUAUCUAUCUAUCUCUAUUACAUAUUCAUAUCUAUCUAUCUAUCUAUCUAUCUAUCUAUCUAUCUAUCUAUCUAUCUAUCUAUUUGACUACUUAUCCAUAUCUAUCUAUCUAUCUAUCUAUCUAUUUGACUACUAAUCCAUAUCUAUCUAUUUGA